AGAAAAAUGUCAGCAAAUACCAUGGAAACUGAUGAACAAUUUACUUAUAAUUCACCAAUUGUGAAUUUUUACUCUGGAAAAUCUGUUUUUGUUACUGGAGCUACAGGAUUUCUGGGGACGGUUUUAGUCGAGAAACUGCUGUUCUCUUGCAAAGGAAUAAAUAAUAUUUACAUUUUGAUAAAGCAGACAGAAGACCUGACCAUUGAAGCGAGGAUUUUAAAUUAUUUGAAUUCGAAGGCUUUUCAUAGAGUGAAAAAUACAAACCCAGAGUUGAUGAAAAAAAUUAUACCGAUAUGUGGGAAUUUGGAAGAUAAAAAUCUUGGUAUCAGCGACAGCGACAUGAAAACGCUUCUAGAGGAGGUAUCCAUCGUUUUUCAUGUAGCUGCAAAAUUGUUAUUUAAAAUGAGCUUGACUGCAGCAGUCAAUAUAAAUACCAAACCCACUGAACAGCUCAUAGCGAUUUGCAAAAAAAUGCGGCGUAAUCCCAUUUUCAUCUAUGUCUCUAGCGCAUACAGUAAUGUAAAUGAACAAAUAAUCGAUGAAAAAGUGUACAACACUGGAGUACCUUUGGAAACUAUUUAUGAUACGCUGGAUACAGAAAAUACACGAAUAACGGAUAUUUUUUUAGAUAAAAGACCAAAUACGUAUACCUAUUCAAAAGCUCUUGCAGAAGUAGUAGUUGAAAAAGAAUUUAAUGAAUCAGCAGCCAUUGUUCGGCCUUCGAUAAUUGUGUCUUCGAUUCGGGAACCCAUACCGGGAUGGUUGAGCGGUUCGCACGGAUUCCCUAGGGUAGUAGGAGCAGCAUGCAAGGGGCUCCUCUUGCGGUGGCAUGGGGACGGUACAGUUGUCUGCGACCUUAUACCUGUAGACCACGUUGCGAACCUCAUCAUUGCAGCAGCAUGGGAAUCCAAUGAAAGACGGUUAAUGGGCAACAAAGGAGUCAAGGUAUAUAACUGUUGUUCAAGCCUACGGAACCCAAUAGACGUGAUCACCGUAGUUAAAACUUGCAUAAAAUACAGGAAAUAUUUUGGAACUCGCACCAUGUCCAUAUUUACCCCACGAUUUAUUAUGAAAAAGAAUUACUUUAUCUACAAAUUGUUGUACUUCACCUACCACACAAUACCGGCAGCUAUAAUAGACGGCUUCUUCUGGCUCACUGGACGGACUCCAAUAAUGCUGAAGACCCUGGACAAACUCAGCAAAAUCUCUUCUGUCCUGGAGUACUUCACGCACCACCAAUUUAUAUUCCUGGAUAGCAACGUCAGAGGACUUCUCAGAAGGAUGGAGGGCACAGACAGACAAACGUUUAAUUUUGAUGUCACUGAAAUUGAGUGGGAGCCGUAUCUACAAAACUUUGUGCGCGGCAUCGCAAAUAAUUACGACUAUAGUAUGUAAUAUAGUAUUGAGGUUUGAUAUUGAUUGAGGAGAGGUGAAAUUUAGCCUAUGUUACUCGUGAAUAAUGUAGCUUUCGAAUGGUGAAAGAAUUAUUAAAAACGGUCCAGUAGUUUUUGAGCCUAUAAAUUACAACCAAACAAACCUAAUAGUAGUGUAGAUUUGAAUUUGAAAAGUGAGGUAUAAAAUCUUGUCAUUACUGUCAAAA